UUGUGAUGCCAAUUAGUAGCCAAUCAACGGCAGCCAGCUUUAGGAUGGAUGCAGCUGGACCCUUAAUUGCUGUUUGAGAUGCUGGCAUUAACAGGAUUGUAUUAGCUUUUUUGGCUGCUGCUGCUGCACACGGCUGGCUCAUGGUCAAGUGAUUGUCCACUAAACAACAUUCUGCUCCCCUGUCAGACAUUCUGGAUUUGGUCGAUCCCAAUGAGAGGCAGCCAGGCUAAGAUCCAGCUUUGGGGACAUCCAUAAGUGGCACCCAUGUCCCAUGGGAUUAUGGCGGCCAUACUGGGCACCCCAAAUCUCUCUGCCUUUCUCCAGGGCCCUGGGGGCUGCAUGGGGUGCCUGAAAGCCUGGGGCUGGAGCGUGUUUGCAAGAUCCCUGCGGAUGGCUUCUGGUGGCUCGUAGCCUGUGCUGGCCUCCUCCGUCAUCUGUGAGCCAAGUCGGAAAUAUCUGGAAGUGAGAAGCUUUCCUGACGGACGGCCGUGUUCCCUUCGCUAGUGCCUUGGCCCAGAGGUCACCCCCACCAGUAGCAGCAGCACAACAGGAAGCGACGACGCAAGGCUGGCUUGGAAAGCUGGAACUGCGCAGCAGAGAGCCUGGCAAGAGAAGCCAACAGGCUCCCCGCAGCAGCCUCCCCGGGUUGCAUGGUCAAGCCGUCGUCAAUGGACGCCAGGCAGGGGCUGGAGAGCGGCUGCUGUCCCCCAGCGGAGCGAGGAGGUGACCAGAUGGACAGGGGGGCAUGGAGCUGAACCGACUGCUGGUCUUCGUUGUAUUCCUGUUCCAGAUGAGACUCUCCGGGAUGUGGCCCACACAGCUUGUAUGUGACAGGCGACUGAUCCAGAAAUACGUGGCUGAAGCUGUGGAAAUGGAAGAAAGCUUGAGCCAAUGUGAAGAACUUCCAUUGCUUCUGGAACCUGUGCAUUUACCCUUGGUGGGGUUGAACCUCAGGGUGUGGAAAACAAAGACAAAUGAAGUCAAAACACAGGAAAUCCUCCAAGCGUUGAUCAAGCUGAUGGAUGGCAUAGCUGUUGCCCAACAAUCAAUGAACGAGAGUUGCCUCUUGAUACGUCUUCAGCAGCUUCAUGAGAAAGCCAACUUCUUCCUUCUGCAUUUAAGGAACUUCCAAGGGCAGGAACAAAGCACAACUACACGGCCAGAAAACGUCCCCAAACUCAUUUCCACGAGGAAUCUUAGAACUGUCUUCUGGACCUAUGUGCAGCUUUUGCAAGGAAAACUGAACUUCCUCUUCUAUGACCUCCGGAAAGACUCCUGUGCCGAGGGCCAUCAACCUGGAAUUGCCUUUCCUUCUUAGCACCUUCUCCGUUUGGUCACGUCAAGCGGGCACCGAGUAAUCCUCCGGGUGUCUGGCAAGAGACAUCUAUAGCGCUGCUAUUGGAGGGGGGAAAAGCCAUCUGGAAGCCAGGGUGGAAGAACAGGGCUGACCAAGGCCUCAGAGUGGGGGGUGGUGGUGGCUGGUGCUAAAAGGUUUGGGAGAAAAAGGGGGUGUUGUGUUAACCCUGGAGAUUCUAGUCCUCUGCAUUUAGUACCGGCUUGCUUCAGCUGCCUGCAAAAAACACAAAUCAAUCUCAGGGCUUACAGAGUAGGGCAAAUCUGACUCUUCCCCUAAAACAGUGGUUCUCAACCUUUUUAAUGCCGCGACCCCCAACCGGUCAUAAGUUGAGGACUACCCAACCGGUCGUAAGUCGAGGACUACCCAACCGGUCA